AUGGCACAGUCUGUCUUCUAUCAUUCACUUUUAUGCUGUUCUGCAGCUUUCUUGAAUAUUUUUCCGAAAGUAAUAAUUCCUUGUUAUGAAGUGAUUUGAAUUCCACAUAGUCAAACUAUUUUUUUUUAUCAAAGGUGCAAUUAAUGUAAUUCCACAUAAUAAUAAUAUGAUAAAGAGUGAACAGUUGAGUGAAGAGUUCAAAUAAACAGUGAAGAAGUUGUUAUUCAUAAAUAUCGCUAAAACUUAUUUAAUACUAGUAUUUAAUAAUAUUUUUAAUCAUAUAAUGUAGCAAUAUAUUGGUGUACAGAGACGUAACAUAUGUAAAAUAUUAACGCAUACUUUCAAUUGGUGACGUGAGCGUAAUAAUUGAUAGUGCCAUUUGUAUUUUGAAUGAACUCGUAAGAAAGAGAAGAUGAUUGGAAUUAAUACUCAUCUUAUGAAUAACUCUAGUUCUAAACAAUUAAAGUUUGGCAUGGAUCGGAUAUUAUCAAAUGAAAUUCGCACAAAGAAAACAGAUAUUCUUAAGCCACUUGCGAUACAACUUCCGCCAAUGUGUUGCGCUUGUAUUGAAAGUUGCGGCCAAUGCAAAAAUAUCAGAGCUUGCAUGUCAUUCCCGUAUGUGCAUUCAUCAUUAUCCGAGGGCAUCACAUCUACGUCUACUGGAGUAAUGCAGUUAGCACCUUUGUAUCGGCCGGCAUCAUUACGUCCUGUACUAAGAACACCUAUAUCAUCUUCAUCCUCAACAAUGAAUUCUUCCGAAACAAAUACGCGAAGAAAAAGAUCGUGGUCCAGAGCCGUGUUUAGUUCUUUACAACGGAAAGGCUUGGAAAGAAGAUUUUCAUUACAAAAGUACAUCACAAAGCCAGACAGACGACAGUUGGCAGCGACUUUAGGCUUAACAGAUGCACAGGUCAAAGUUUGGUUUCAAAAUCGUCGGAUGAAAUGGCGACAUACAAGAGAAAGCGAAAAUGCUGCAUUGGCUGGUCCAGAUUCCACGCAGAAAGAUUUUUCGCAAAAAUUAGUUAAAUCCAACGCUAAUGACGCGACACAACAAAACGAAGAAGACGUAGAAAUCGAUGUAGAUUUAUAA